AUGGCGAUGCUGAUGGCGAAGCGAUCUCAGGCUGCAGAGAGCGAGGGAACUACUGGCAGUGCUGCUCGCCAGGCGCCCAUGACGAGGAGCAAGAAAGCUGCUAAGGCGACGGACAAGCCAGCGACAAAGCGGACGAGCGCGCCUACUGACAAGUCAGCAAACGCUGCCAAGACCACGCCUGCCACCGGCAAUGCCAAGCAGAAGCGGAAGAAGGGGAAAGGGCCAGACACUUCGCCAAGCACCCGUAAGCAGAGGAAGACUGCCAAGAAGACUGGCGAAGGAUCCAACGGGACGACGCGCGAGUUGGGCGCCGCGAGUGCAUCGGAGGACGAGGCGAUGACUCGCGAUGAAGAGACGACUCCCCUGGUACCCAAGCACGCGCUCCGGUCCACGUGCUUGGCUCUACAAAAGAAGAUCGCAGACGAAAAGGACGAGCGCCGGCAAGGCCCACGGCGCAAGGCAGGUGAUUACUACAAGAUGGUAGACUACCAGAAGCGUGUGUGGGCGGAGAAAUACACAGCUGCUAGGAACAGUGGCAACGACUUGGACUACGAGGCUUUGAGCAAGUUGACUCAAUUCAAGGCGUUCAAAAACAACCCAGAAGAGCUCCAUCGUCACGAGCCUGCGCUGCUGAAAGAGUUCUACGAGGUUUACUUAGCGGACCAAGCCCUGAAAGCAGAUGCACACGCGCAGACCGCUGGAUCGACACUGCAGCAGUUCCGAGAGAAGCUGGAUGAAGAGAAGCAGAAAGGGGCUCGACCGCUGGAGGAGGAGCAAGCACGCUCAAGGAGAUUAGAGGAGCAGUUAGCAGCCCCUGCGAAGGAGCUGGCCGAACUCAGGAAUGAUGGCAGUGACAAUCUACUUAAUGCGCAGGCUAGCCAUGCUAAGAAACUCCAGGAUGUUCACGAAGACAUGAACAACCUCACGAGAGAGGUGGACGAGCGCAAGAAAAAACUGGAGGACCGGGAGAAGGAGGUGGCUACGCGAGAGAAGAAUAUGGAGAACAAGGAGGAAGAACUACAAGUCAAGCUCAAAGAUGAGCGCCAGCGUCUCCAGAACGUAACGCAUCGCCUGCAACGGGAGCGGGAGCAGUUGGACGCGGAUAAAAAGAAACGAGAGGAGUCGAGUCGAGAUAAACAACAAGGAGGCCGAAUAUCGCUGAGACAGGCGAAGAUUUUGAAUGAAAUGAAGCGCCAGACCCGGCUCCUGGAAGAGCAGUUCAAGAACAACGGGUGCCCAGCUGCGUUUAAAGAGCUCGAAGCCAACCGCAACCGGAUCGAGGAAGAGAGGACGGCGAUGCAAGCAGAACGGGAUGGAGUGAGAACGCAGUUGGAAUCGAUGAAGGCUGCGCUAGAGGCGGUGAAAACGGAGAACAGCGGAUUGCAAGACACCAUCGCGAGACGAGAGCUGCAGCUGCAUACGUACAAGUAUAGCGCGGUGACCGAGAAAGCUAUCGAAGAGUCCACGGAAUGGAACGCCGUCAUCCGAGAUGAUAACACGAGCACAAUGCAGAAGAAGCGCGACUUCAUUCUGGGCAAAGUGAAGGAGGCGUUUGGAUCGAAGACGGCGGAUGCUGAAGAGUUCAAGGCUUGCGGUCGAGUUCUGGGAGAAAAGAAAUGA